AUGAUAACAUUAUCAACAACAAUAGCACCAAAAUUACUUGAUAUUAUUUUACCUCUCAAUGAAACACGACCAACAGUCUUUCUCUAUCCAGCUGAAUAUUUUAUUGAUGAAGAAAAAUAUGCAAUGUUUAUAUUGAUACAUUCUUGGAUUUUAACACCAAUUCAAUCUACAAUUAUCGUUGGAUUUGAUACAUUGUAUGCUCAUUAUGUGCAACAUUUAUGCAGCUGGUAUUUAAUUGUCGGACAUAGAAUGAAAAAUAUAUCUACAGCAUUAGAUAAAAUAAAUAAAAAUAAUAAUUUAUUUGAUGAAAAUAAAAGAAUCAUUUUGUCAUUUGAAAAAUGUAUUAAUGAACAUAUUAAAGCUCUUGAAUUUACAUCGAAUAUACAAUCAAUAUACGGUACUCCACUUUUUUUUAUAAUUGGUUUUAAUAUGAUCCAAAUCAGCAUGACAGGUUGUCAUACAAUAUCAAAAAUUGAUGAUCCUCCAGAAGCAUUUAGAUAUGGUGCAUUUACAAUUGCGCAAUUUGUACAUUUAUUUUUCUUAAGUUGGCCGGGACAAAAAAUAAUUGAUCAUAGUGGUGAAUUAUUUGAAGCAAUAUAUGAAACUCGUUGGUAUGAUUUACCAGGAAAAACAAAGGAAUUGAUGAUUCUUAUAAUGAUAAAAUGUCAAACACCAUGUGUCAUUAAAGCUGGAAAAAUUAUUGAAGUGUCAUUAGAAAGCUUUGCAAUUAUUUUAAAAACAUCUAUAUCAUAUUUUACUGUUUUUACAUCAAUGCAAUGA